AUGGCCUCGAUCAUGUUUACCGCUGUCCACAUCCUUCUCCCCAUCCUUCUCCCCAUCCUGUACCAUCUCAGGAUGCCCUUCGUGUGGUUCGCUACUGUCCAAGCGCUUCUUUCGAACCUAGAUGGCACGAUUAGCUCCAAUUCCUUUUUUAUGCUCCGAGUUCUUGUUGCAUUCCUCGGCGGUCUCGUGGAUACUCUGAGCCCUAUAUUACUCCGAUAUUUGCUCAACAUCUUCAACUGGCGAAUGGGCAAGAUGGCCUCGAUCUUGUUGUUCGUUCUCUACUUCCUUCUCUCCAUCCUGUAUCAUAUCAUAAUGGCCUUCGUCUGGUUCGCCAUGGUCAAAGCGUUUCUUCCCAGCCUCGAGGGCAAGAUCAGCCCUCAUUCGUGCUAUAUGCUCCAGGACUUUUUCGCCCUCCCUGACGAUCUCGUGGACAAGAGAAUUCUUUCCAUAUUGAGCACGCUCCAGGCUCUCCUUGCCGCCGCCGGGUAUUUUACGGAUAAGAUUAUUCUUUUCCUGUCCUACAUCAUCGCCAACCUCGCCAUCCUCGCCUCGAAAGCCCUCUCCUUUGUCCCGUUUAUCGGUGUGUUGCUAGUUUUGUCCUACCUUUGGGUACAAUCGGGAUACACCGGACCAAAUUUGAAUCGGGACAAAGAGAGGCUUGAGACCGAGUACUGUGCGCCUGGCUUGUAUCUAUCCUCCAGCCAAAUCGAGAGCGAGAGACCUGUUACAUCUCCCACAGCCCUCCCGAACUCAAAUCCUCGCCGUGCCAAAGACACAGGGCGUCUUAGCACCAAAAAGAUGCGAGUAGAUCUCAAGAAGUGCCAGCAGGACCAUGAGGCAACGAAAGCCUCCGGACAGGCUCAAGCGCUCAUGAUCAAGGACCUUGAGUCUGCCCGGGCCGAGGCACGAGCCCAAGUCCAGAAGCUCGAAUUCGAAAACAGGAAGGGCGACCACAAGAUCAGGGAUAUCCAAAAGUUCUGCGGCGAGCACGUCCAGAAGGUGAACGAGAUGAACACCUACCUUCGCAUGGAAGCUGCCAAGAGCGAUGCCGAGAACAAGCAGCUCAAGGAGGGCAUGCGAUCCGAAAAAACUAGGGUUGAGAAGCUUCAGUCCGAGAUGAAGAUUCUUCAAGUCCAAAAUUCCCAGUUUGCUCGCGAGAAUGCCAGCCUCAAGAACGGCAUGGCCAGGCUACAGGAGGUGUGCAGGAGUGCCGGGGAAGUCAAUCCCCAGGCCGGCCCCUCUAAGCCUAAGUCACUGUCGGGGCAGCUGAUAUCUCAGGCCGAGAAGCGCCAGUGGGUGGUCACGAAGCGCAAGCGGGUGGAUUACAGUAAGCGACUGAAGUCAGAAGAGGCCAAGCAUUGGUCUCGGGCCAAAAAGCUCCAGUCCCAAAACACCCAGCUAGUGGCCGACAAAAUCGAACUGGAGUCCCAAGUCUCCGAACUUCUGACGAUGAUCUCGAAUGCCGAUACCCAGGCUAGAUCAUCUGAAAGUUUAGGGAUACUCCAGUCCGAGGUUGCCGACCUCAAGCGCCAACUCGCCCAGGUGGAGGCUAAAAAGGCCGAACUGGAGUCCCAAGUCUCCAAUCCUCAGCCGAUGGUCUUGAAUGCCGACGGGGGUAUCACCCAGCCGGCUAGAUCACUUGAAGAUAGGAAGAUGCUUCAGUCCGAAGUCGCCGAACUCAAGCGCAAACUCGACCAGGGGGAGGAGAAAGCCACCAAACGGGUGCGGGGACUCGAGGCUGAAGUACAACGACUCAAUUCUCUCGGACUAGAGCUUGAGUCCAAGUACAAUACCCUCUGUCGCGACGAUGAGACCCGCCGUCACGACCAUGAGGCCCUUCAUUCCACCCAUGAGACCCUUUGUUCCGCCCACAAGGCCCUUCAUUCCGACCAUGAGGCUCUGAAGAGCCGAAUGUCAACCCCAAACAUCAACAUAGGGACCAUGACCAUGGCCGAGUCCAGAGACGAGAUAAUCUCGGGGAUGGAGAAGGAGAUAGAGGAACUCCAGUCCAAGUUGUCCUCCCAGGACAAAGAGAUGGAUAACCUCAAGUCCGAGUUGACGGGAGUGAAAUCCUCCCAGGCUAAUAGCGCGAGCCAAGCGGGGGCGAGUGAUAUGCAACUCCGGAUCGAACUUGAUGAGUGCGAGGAGAAAAUUGCAGCGCUGCAGACGGAGAUCGAAAGGCGAGACAGUGAAACCAAAGCACUGGCGCAGGGAUUCGACAAGAAAACCGAAGCGCUGAAUUGUGAGCUGAAUAAGCGAGAGGAGCAAAACAAAGCGUUUGAGCGUAAGCUUAAGUUCAAAGAAGCCGAGAUAGAGCGUGAACUACGCCUCAGAGAUACCGAGGCGAAGAACCGCGCCAGUGCGGUCGAGAUGGAGCGACAAUUCUUCAAAUCUACCGGAGAAGAGCUCACUCGACGGUCAGGCGAGGUUGAGCGUUUCCAAAGUCUGUGUGAUCAGCUUCACCGGUGCGUCGAUGCAAUGGAUGGGCAGCUAGGAGGCCUUGCCGAAGCAGCAGACAACCAGAAGAAAUUCCAGCGAUUAAUCGAGUACGACGAGUGGAAGGAUACUCUCAAAUCGACUGAGAAGAAAUGGCGGGAAAACGAAGCUGUACUGAAAUUAUCUUCGUGGGAGUCUUCUCCCUGGUAA